GCAGACAGUGUCGGGAGAAGACGAGAACAGAGACAGGAACUUGUUUAGAGCAGACAGUGUCGGGAGAAGACUGGGGAUAUUUUUCUCACCACCUCUCCUUCUCUUUUUAUGUAAAAGAAGACUGAAGCCUGAGAGAAACACUCUGACUGAAGAUUGUAUCAGGAUAUCUCAGGUUACUGCUAGAGGGACUGUGAAGAUGUCAUUGACCACCGCUCUCUAUCUCCUGGCAAUGGUGGAAAUGUGUGACCAGGUUAAAUCUCAUCGCAUCAACUUCUACAAUGUCAAACCUCCCGUGGAAGCCACUCCGUUCCCUAAGAGCUUCAAGUGCUUCACCUGUGAGAGAGCUGUGGACAACUACACCUGCAACCGCUGGGCUGAGGACAAGUGGUGUCCACCGAAUAGCCAGUUCUGUAUGACAGUGCACCAUUUCACCAGUCACGGCAAGACCAAGUUUGUGACCAAGAAGUGUGCUACUCGUGAGGAGUGUCAUACGUCUGGCUGUAGACACCACAGUGACACGGGUCACACUGAGUGUGUGUCAUGCUGUGAGGGUAUGAUCUGCAACGUGGAGGUCCCUACCAACCACACCAAUGCUGUGUUUGCCAUGAGGCAGCAGGCCUACAGCUCAGCCCCAUCCCAGACUCCUGUUAGGACGACGUGGAGCUGCUGCUGGCUGACAUUACUGCCCACUCUGGGCCUGGGGCUGACCAGGCUGGUCCUACUGUGAAACUACUGUCCCUCAGACCAGGUCCCUAUAGAGGGGACCAGACCAAAAUGUCCCUCAGACCAGGUCCCUAUAGAGGGGACCAGACUGGACCAGACCAACAUGUCCCUCAGACCUGGUCCCUAUAGAGGGGACCAGACUGGACCAGACCAACAUGUCCCUCUGACCAGGUCCCUAUAGACUGGACCAGACCAACAUGUCCCUCAGACCAGGUCCCUAUAGAGGGGACCAGACUGGACCAGACCAACAUGUCCCUCUGACCAGGUCCCUAUAGAGGGGACCAGACUGGACGGGACCAGCAUGUUCCUCAGACCAGGUCCCUAUAGAGGGGACCAGACUGGACCGGACCAACAUGUCCCUCUGACCAGGUCCCUAUAGAGGGGACCAGACUGGACCAGACCAACAUGUCCCUCUGACCAGGUCCCUAUAGAGGGGGACCAGACUGGACCGGACCAACAUGUCCCUCUGACCAGGUCCCUAUAGAGGGGGACCAGACUGGACCAGACCAACAUGUCCCUCUGACCAGGUCCCUAUAGACUGGACCAGACCAACAUGUUCCUCAGACUAGGUCCCUAUAGAGGGGACGAGACUGGACCUGACCACAUGGAGGAUGUGUGUUUUUACAAGUCUGAUGGUAAUCUGUGAUAAAGAUGUCACAUGGAUCGAUCAAUCACAAAGGACUACAGCAGUGUCAUAAUGCCUGAUGCUUGGUUUACCAAUGACCACUGAUGGUGGUCCUGGCAAUGCUAAUCAGGUGUUCAAUGUUUGGGAUUCCUCAUGGACCAGGAAGAAGAAAUUAACUGACUGAACACAGGCAGGAACAGCAUGCCCCAUACCCUUUGGAUUAGGGAGAAUUCUGGGAAACGAUCAAUGAAAGAAAUGGAAUCUGGAGCUUAGCUCUGUCAAAGUCAAUUUAUGAAUACUUGAUCCACAGUAUGUCACAAAUAAGAUACAUUUUGCACAUGAAUGUUACGAAAUAUUGUUGCUUGUAUUUUUGUAUAACAUAACUUUAUAUAACAUAACUAAAAUAAAAUGGAAAGAAUGUGAUUUAGUAAAAAUGUAAAAUUCUGUAUAUGUUGCUUUACACAAUAACAUACCUUAAUGAAAUUACAGUGUUACAUUUACCAGAUUAGAUCAUCUUUAAAUUUAGAGACUACAUUUACCAGAGGUAUUAUCUCUUUAAAUUUAGAGACUACAUUUACCAGAUGUAUUAUCUCUUAAAAUCUAGAGACUACAUUUACCAGAGGUAUUAUCUCUUUAAAUCUAGAGACUACAUUUACCAGAUGUAUUAUCUCUUUAAAUCUAGAGACUACAUUUACCAGUAGUAUUAUCUCUUUAAAUUUAGAGACUACAUUUACCAGAGGUAUUAUCUCUUUAAAUCUAGAGACUACAUUUACCAGAGGUAUUAUCUCUUUAAAUCUAGAGACUACAUUUACCAGAUCUAUUAUCUCUUUAAAUCUAGAAACUACAUUUACCAGUAGUAUUAUCUCUUUAAAUCUAGAGACUACAUUUACCAGAUGUAUUAUCUCUUUAAAUCUAGAGACUACAUUUAUCAGUAACAUUGCAGAACACCCAUGUCUUUGAUCAUAUGGUGCGCAUCAUAACCUUUAUAUGGAUCCUAGCAUGUGAGGCAGACACGCAACACCAGGCUUUGUACUGGCCCUGUUUCUGCGUCAUGUUCUGAAGAGGUUUUAUCACAUCUGAUCUUAGAACUGGAAAUCUGACAAACAAGCACUAAGAUGGAAUGUGACAUUUAAUUAUACAUAAAAACAUGCAAUGUCUGGUCAGUUAUAUGCAAAAAUGUUCAUUGCCAUAAAGUUGUGAGAGAUAAGGGAUAUUAUGACUUCCUCUGUCAGCAACAUAAAGGUUGACCUAAGGAAUGAA